AUGGCCUCCGACGGCCACCCGCCGGAGCCGGGGAAGAAGGAGGAGGUCGCCUCCACGGCUGCCGGGCCUGGAGCCAACGAUCUGGACGACCCGGACCCGCAGUUCAUGUGCUGCGUCUGUCUGGAUCUUCUGUUCAAACCAGUUGUUUUAUCAUGUGGUCAUAUGUCAUGUUUCUGGUGUGUCCACAAAGCUAUGCAUAUUUUCCGAGAAUCCCAUUGCGCUGUGUGUAGGCAGCCCUAUAUACACUUUCCGAGUAUCUGUCAGCUCUUGCAUCAUUUGCUUCUAAAGCUUGAAACUACUGAUUACAAAAGAAGGGAAAAAGAAGUGCUAGUUGGAAGCGAUGGGGAGAACAGAAAUGAAGACAGUAAAGCUAGACCUCCACAAGAAGUUUCGUUGAAUGGCAGCAUUUCGGAUGAGCAUUCGAAGAAAAUUAAGUUGGAGGAUGUUUCAUGCCCUCUCUGUAUGGAGAUGCUGUAUCAACCUGCCGUUCUUAAUUGUGGUCAUGUGUAUUGUGUAUCCUGUUUGUCGUCCUUGAAUGAGGAAACACUGAAAUGCCAUGUUUGUGGAAGUCUUCACCCUGGGGAUUUCCCUAAUGUUUGCCUGGACCUUGAUCAUUUCCUGGAAGAAUAUUUUCCAGCAGAAUAUGAAUCGAGAGGGCAGAAAGUUCAGUUUAAGAAGGAUCAGUGCAAUCGUGAAGCAUCAUCUUCAGGCAGAAAAGGAAGCACUAGGGCACUGCAUGAUGAGGACCUGUUAAAUAUUCACAUUUCAGUAGGAUGCGACUCAUGUGGAGUAUAUCCGAUACGUGGUAAGAGAUACAAAUGCCAGGACUGCACUGAGUUAAUUGGGUUUGACCUUUGCGAAGCCUGCUACAACUCCAGUUCAAAGCUCCCAGGACGCUUUAAUCAGCGGCACACCCCUGAUCAUAGAAUGGAAGUUGACAAUUCAUCACUCUUGCGAGGGAUACUGAGACAGCAUGGCAUACCCGAGGAAGGCCUUGAGGGAUUGAUGAUGGAAGAAGCGGUGGUUGCUCCUGCUGCACUGGUGCAGAUACCCAUUGAUCAUCAAGGAAUGGAGGAGGGCAAUGACGAGGGCCCAGGAGAGGCGGCCAUUGAAGAACCAGUUGGUGCUCCUGGCGCGAUGUUGCAUAUAGUCAUCCAUGAUCAAGAAAUGGAGGGCAACGAGGAGGAUCAGGCACUCUAG